UCGUAUUUACUUUUGAGACACUAUGAAACAUACCAAACAUAAUAUUAUGCUAGUGCUUAUUUUUCUUGUGCUCAUUUGUAAAUUUGAGUAUUGUUACUCAAAUGAUGCUGCAAGUUGCGUUGAAGGGGAACGAAUUGCUCUUCUCCAAUUCAAGGAAAGCUUAAUUGAUGUAUCAAACCGUCUCUCUUCAUGGAGCGGUCUUGAUUGUUGUGAAUGGGAGGGAGUUUCUUGUAGCUCAACAACUGGCCAUGUCCUAAAGCUUGAUUUGCACAACCCAACUACACCAGAUGAUGAUGAUAUUAAGAGAUAUUGGUCCAAUGGUUUGCCAUCAAACUAUAGCAACAACUGCUUGAGAGGUGAUAUCAAUCAUUCUCUUAUCAACUUAACACAUUUGAAUUACCUUGAUCUAAGCCUCAACAAUUUUUCUGGGAUCCGAAUUCCUGAAUUUUUUGGAUCUUUCAAAAACUUGAGGUAUCUUAACAUCUCAAGCUCUGGUUUUGUUGGAAAUAUUCCCACUCAUCUUGGAAAUCUUUCAAGCUUAGAGUAUCUCCACCUUGGAGAGGCUUUGGUUAUAGUUCCAUCUUAUAAUGAUUUGGCUACCGAUAACUUAGACUGGUUAGCUAGCCUUUCUUCCCUAAAAAGUCUUAACAUGUAUCAGGUUUCAAUUCGGCAUAGUGAAGAUUGGUUACGCACAAUCAACAAACUUGUGUCUUUAUCUUCUUUAAAUUUGGCUGUUUGUGACCUCAACACAACUAGUCCUCUUUCACAUGUUAACUCCACCUCUCUCAUCUCCCUUGAUCUCACUUUGAAUAGUUUAGAUUCUGCAUACCUUCCAUGGUUGUCAAAUCUCACAAGACUAGAGCAUUUGAAACUAAGCCACAACUCUCUUAAUUCUAGCGUGUUAGAAAUCUUUGAGCCCUUAGCCUCUCUAAAAGUCCUUGACCUUUCUGUAAAUACCUUUACAGGCACACUAGUUCCGUUGUGUAAGUUUCACAAAUUGAUUUUCAUGGAUCUUAGUUAUAACAAUUUUCAAGGUUCAUUUCCCAUUUGUCUUGGAAACUUGACUUCUUUAACCUCUCUUGAUUUAAGUUAUAAUAGGUUUGCAGGUUCAGUUCCCAAUUAUCUUGGAAACUUGACUUCUUUAACCUCUCUUAGUUUAAGUGAUAAUAGCUUUACAGGUUCAAUUCCAAAUACCAUUGGUAGUCUUUGUAGAUUGCAAGUGCUUGAUUUUUCCAUGAAUAAAUUGACGGACUCCAUUACAUUUCUUUCUGAUUGCCAAUUAGAUAGUUUGAAAUUAUUGUCCUUGGAGUUUAAUAAUUUCAGUGGUCAACUUCCAAACCAGUUGUACAAGUAUAAGAAUCUGGAAGUCCUUUCUGUGUCUUCAAACUCCUUCUCUGGUCCAAUAAUGGAGUCACUUGGAAAUUUGUCAAUGUUGUAUUACCUGGAUAUUCGUAACAAUAAGUUUAGUGGUAGAGUUCCCUCUAGUCUUGGUGAACUUUCAAAUCUUCGAUGGUUAUAUAUAUCUAAUAAUUCAUUCCUAGGUGUCCUCUCUGAAUUCCACUUUUCAAAACUCAGUAACCUUCAAUCUUUGUACAUAUCUAGUAAUUUGUAUGUUUGGAAUGUAAGCUCCAACUGGGUUCCUCCUUUUCAACUCCUUGACAUAGCAAUGGGAUCCAUCAAAAUUGGUCCUCAAUUUCCUCAUUGGCUUCGUACCCAAAGAAAUGUUCAAUCCCUGUUUAUGUCUAAUGCCAGCAUCUCAAGUGCUAUCCCAUAUUGGUUCGAGAAAAUUUUCUGGAAUACCUAUGCAUUAGAUCUCUCUAAAAAUCAGAUAAGUGGAGAACUUCCCUUGAAACCACAUGUUGAAGGUUACAUGCAAAUGGUUUAUCUUUAUCUUUCAACCAAUUAUUUGAGUGGUGGCAUCCCCAAGUCGCUAUGUAGUUUAAAAUAUUUAGAGAUUCUUUCUCUAUCUACAAAUAAGUUAUAUGGAGAAAUACCUCCAUGCUUAGGAAAACUACAAAGCUUGGAAGUUCUUGACUUGGGGAAUAACAAUCUAAGUGGCCAAAUUCCAAACUCAUUGGGAUCUCUACAAGGAUUAUUCUCUCUCCACUUGCAGAAUAAUCAACUUGAUGGGAAACUUCCAUCAAGCUUGCAGAAUUUAACAAGUCUGAUAAUCUUGGAUUUGAGUGAAAAUAAAUUUAUGGAUGUUAUACCUUCAUGGAUGGGGGAAAAAUUAUUGAGUUUGAAAUAUCUUAUCUUUUAUAGAAAUAAGUUCUAUGGGGAUAUUCCAUUGCAACUAUGUCAACUGCAUGAUCUUCAGUUGUUAAAUUUGGCAAAUAACAACAUAUCAGGAUGCAUCCCGCAAUGUUUUGGAAACUUGACUGGAAUGGUUUCUGAUAGGAACCCAUCAUACUAUCGGAAUGAAUCUUCUUAUGGAAAGUAUGAAGAUGCAAGUUAUGAAGUCAUAAAAGGAUUAACAUUGCAGUACACUAAAAACCUUCAAUUCCUAAUAUCUAUAGAUCUUUCAGGGAAUCAUAUUGUUGGAAAGAUCCCGGUUGAGAUAAUGAGUUUGCAUGCAUUGGAGAACUUGAAUGUUUCUAGAAAUAAUCUAAGUGGAUCAAUCCCGGAGACUAUUGGCGAUUUGAGCAAAAUUGAAUCACUUGAUUUAUCUAGAAAUGAACUCUUUGGUCCCAUUCCACCAAGCUUGUCAUCCUUGAAUUUUUUGAGCCACUUGAACUUAUCAUUCAACUAUUUAUAUGGGAGAAUACCAACAGGAAGUCAACUUCAAACCCUCAAUGAUCCAUCCAUUUACAUGGGCAACGAAGGACUUUGUGGUGCCCCUCUUUCAAAGGGUUGCCCCAGUGACGUACCAUCUUUUGUUAAUCAAUCUACAAAAACCAGUAGUGAUGAUGAUACAAAAACCAGUAGUGAUGAUGACCAUGAGUUUUUCAUGUGGUUCUAUGCUGGUAUGGGGCCUGGUUUCAUUGUUGGAUUCAUUGGAGUAUUAAGCAUUCUACUGUUCGCAAGAUCUUGGAGCUAUGCGUACUUCAAAUUUUUAGAGAUGGCUUACAACGAAAUACUUGAUUAUUUUUAUUAAAGGUCAAUGCUAUUGUCAGUGUGCAAUUGUGU